AUGGUGGAAGGGACUAUGUCUCUUGAUGCUGUUAUAAAGGAAGCUGUUGAUUUGGAGAACAUUCCUAUUGAGGAGGUAUUUGAUAAUCUAAAAUGCACAAAAGAAGGUUUAACCUCUGAGGAAGUACAAGAGAGGCUUGACAUGUUUGGAUACAAUAAACUUGAAGAAAAAAAGGAAAGUAAAAUACUGAAGUUUUUAGGGUUUAUGUGGAAUCCUUUGUCAUGGGUUAUGGAAGCUGCUGCUCUCAUGGCCAUUGCUAUGGCACAUGGAGGGGUAAGUCUCUUCCUUUUUUUGUUUGUUUUGUUAUUUCUCAAUGUUACAAAUGUUAUUCAUUUUACAACACACGUUGGACAUUUCCAACAGGUUUUGACAUCUAUUGGAAAUUUCUGCAUCUGUUCAAUUGCUAUUGGAAUGAUUAUUGAAAUCAUUGUGAUAUACGGCGUCCACGGAUAUGGUUACAGAAACGGUAUUGAUAACCUUCUAGUGCUACUAAUUGGAGGAAUCCCUAUUGCAAUGCCAACUGUUCUUUCAGUUACAAUGGCUAUUGGCUCACAUAAGUUAUCUCAGCAGGGUGCUAUAACAAAGAGAAUGACUGCUAUUGAAGAAAUGGACGGAAUGAAUGUGUUAUGCAGUGACAAAACAGGCACAUUAACUCUUAACAAGCUUACAGUGGACAAGGAAAUGAUUGAGGUUUUUGCCAAAGGUGUUGGCAAGGAUUUGGUUGUACUUAUGGCUGCAAGAGCAUCAAGGAUGGAGAACCAAGAUGCAAUUGAUUGCGCAAUCGUUUCAAUGUUGGCAGACCCAAAGGAGGCACGAGCUGGAAUAAAAGAAGUUCAUUUCCUUCCGUUUAAUCCAACUGAUAAAAGAACUGCCCUUACAUACAUUGAUGGUGCUGGUAAUAUGCACAGGGUUAGCAAAGGUGCACCAGAGCAGAUUCUCAAUCUUGCACAAAACAAGGCAGAAAUCGAACGGAAGGUUCAUGCGAUGAUUGACAAGUUUGCAGAACGUGGACUUCGUUCUCUUGGGAUUGCAAGACAGGAAGUACCGGAGGGAAGUAAGGAAAGUGCAGGAGGACCAUGGGAGUUUGUUGCUCUUCUCCCUCUUUUUGACCCUCCGAGACAUGAUAGCGCAGAAACAAUCAGAAGAGCUCUUGAUCUUGGCGUUAGUGUCAAAAUGAUCACUGGUGAUCAACUCGCAAUAGGUAAGGAAACGGGAACGCGUCUAGGGAUGGGGACUAACAUGUAUCCUUCUUCAUCACUGCUCGGUGAAAAUAAAGAUCAAUUAGGUGCUGUUUCCAUUGAUGAUCUCAUUGAGAAAGCUGACGGUUUUGCUGACGUGGAAUCGACAACACCGAUUCGUCCAUGGUGGUCAUUUGUCAUCAUCGAAACUUGUGAUGGUAUGUUGUUUGACAAUUUGCCUUUACAUACUCCCCCUUUUUGA